CCUACCUACAACAUCCACCCACGUUCUGAUAGCAUCACCACUUCUUUGCGCGCGCGCGCCUCUCGUCCUUCUCGUCCCCUUCAGCUUCGCAUCUCUCGUCCGUACGGCUUCCGCGCCGUAAACCGCAACCCUGGCUUCAGAACAAGAUACCGCCGGCCGCGAGCCCGUCUCGCCCGGCUCUCAGUUCCACCGUCCAAUCCUGCAGUCCAUGCCCGAUACGCGCCAGCAGAGCUUUGACGAGAUCUAUGGUCCUCCCGAGAACUUUCUCGAGAUUGAGGUCCGCAACCCGAGAACCCACGGCAUGGGCCGCCACAUGUACACCGACUAUGAGAUCCUCUGCCGCACAAACAUCCCCGCCUUCAAGCUGCGCCAGAGCAGUGUUCGCCGCCGCUACUCCGACUUUGAGUACUUCCGCGACAUCCUCGAGCGCGAGAGCGCCCGCGUCACCAUCCCUCCUCUCCCCGGAAAGGUGUUCACCAAUCGCUUCAGCGACGACGUCAUCGAGGGUCGUCGCGCCGGACUGGAAAAGUUUCUCAAGAUCGUCGUUGGGCAUCCGCUGUUGCAGACGGGGAGCAAGGUCCUGGCUGCUUUUGUUCAGGAUCCCAACUGGGACCGUAAUGCCUGGUGACGCCUUCGUUUAAUCUGGCCCUUCUCCUCAUCCUCGUCUUCCUCCGAUUCUCCCACUCGACAACCUCGAAAGCUCCGCAAGCGAAACCCGCACGCCAACCACCGAGACGCCCCCCUCGAUACCCUCAAGCAGAACGCCAUAGGAACUGAAACUCCAUGAAAUGAAAAAGGGGCUGUGAAGGGAACAGGACAAAGAGAGAGAGAGACCGGUUUCUUCUUCUUCUCGUACAUGUUAUAUGGUCCAUCUGAAAUACACCCCCAUUUUUCUUUCUUCUGCUUUCCAAUUGCGCAUUGGGAUGGAAAAGCAAACUUCUGAUCCGGUCUCUUUUUUUUCUUGUCUUGUUCUCGUCGCUUUCAACUUGUAUCACGCUCCAAAAAGACUUUUAAGGAGCUUCGCGGCGGCUCAAUUGUCUGUUUCACUUAGGGGGGCGUUGUUGGGUUGUCUUGUAACCUUGGCUUUUAAACAUAUUAACAGAGCUUCAUCCAACGUCUCAUCACAAAGAGAAGAACAAAAGAAUUUACGUAAAA